AUGAGCAAGGGAUAUCUGACGUCGCGAGAUGAGGACGAAGAAUACUUCUCAGCCAGCGAUGGCGAUGGGCGGAAUAUCUCGCCCUCGCAAUCUGGGGAUGAAAUGUCAUUGGCACAGGAUGGAAACUAUCAAGACGAACAAACGUGUGGUGCCGUUCGCACCGAUGCGGGUGUUGCUAACGACCGCAGCAAGUGCGUGAAGACAGACGCGGGGCACCAGUUGCCACCGUUCGUGAAUGCGGCACACCAUGCUGCAGAUGAGGCGGCACAUGUAGCAGGAUUGGGACCUGGACACGAUGAGCUGGUUGCAGCAAGACACCCAACCAUGGAGACUCGGUCGCCUGCAGUUGGCAAUUCCAGUAGCUCCCACUUUUGCAACGCCGCCGAACCAGGUGGUGUGAAAGAGCCCACUACCGAGCGUCAAGAAGCAGCCACCAACGCAGAGCCAGAAGGCUUUCCGGAAGUUGGUCGAGGUUGUAUCGAAACGGGUUCUGAGGCCAAUGGCGAGUUGAUGGUGGACAACAGCCGCACAGAAAAUGAGGCAGGGACGACGGCGGAGAAGGUCGAUGAAGUUCAUGCUGUUGCAUCUUUUGGGGCCUUCUCUGUGUCUUCCCUCAAGUUUAGAGUGGCAGAGGACCUCGAUGGGGCAGAAAGACCAAUCGUCAUUCGCUUGAGCGACCAGCAUGGGAACCGCCGAGAAACAACCCCGCGGACCUGUUCCAAUGUCAACCCUUUGGCGCCGAGCGAUGGCAGGGCUACAGUGUGGUGCGGAGAGCUUCAGGCGAGUGCAUGUAUCGAUGUGGUGGAUGACACGUAUCCUGCAUGGGAGACUUUCGUACCCUUUGGAUCGGAUGGAGACCAUUGUAUUCGUGUCGUUUUCUCCACCCUCCAGAUGCCCAUUCUUUCCGGUGUGGACGCGAUUCUCUUCGAGAUUUUUCUCGUAGCCAAGCCUACCUACACCAACCACGGAUGCGGCAAUCCCGAGACGACGAAUACCAUCGGAAGAGGCGGCAGCGUGCCCACGUGGCGCGACAGACGAGGACCCGCCAACGCUGCGGACCACCACCGCGAACAUCAACAACUUUCAGGGUCGAUCGAAAGGGGUUGCAAAACACCCCGAAGCUGGGGAUCCCAAGUUGAUCCGAAGCGAGAGUCCCAACCCUACGCUCUCAUUGGCGCCGUGGCGCUCCUGCUGUCGGAGGUCGUUGGGGCGUGGCGCACGAUGGAGUCGCCGUUGUUCGAUAUCGCGGGCGGCGUUACCGGCAGGAUCAGGAUGGCCGCCAGAAUUGUCGGGCGACCGAACUCAGGGCCUGGAGGACCUCUGGAGGGCGAAAGGCGUCGAAGCCGCGGAGACGCAAAGAGAGGUGAACCUUCAUCAGCGUUUGAAGGUGAUGGCUGCACGCCAACGAGACUCCCGGCGGCACAAGUAGCAGAGGCAGAGCGAGGCGGGCCGUGCGGCUGCCGUCGAGAAUGGGAUUGUUCACCUACAUCGCCCUGUUGCGGUCGCCAGCAUGGAAGAAGAGGACGAGGAGCAAGCGGCAGCAGGGGCGGGCUUCCUUCAUUCUCGCGCAGUGAAGAUCCAGCGGAGGCUGCUGCUGAGCAAGGCGACUUGCUGGGGGGGGCACCAGCAGCGGCGAAGGUGUUGUGCUGUUCGAGGGUAGGGACAGACGAGACGGUGCCUAGAGCGGUGAUACUCUACCACGGGAUGAAGCUCCCCUUCCGAUGGCUCAGGAGCGGCACAGCAAGGUCGAUGGAUAAAUCCCUCCGAGAAAUGCUUGGCAUCAACGACACGUCCAUCGCGUCCCCAGCAUUGUACGACGUAAGCACCGGUGAGCACGUGCGUCUCGAUCCCCGCAAUGCUUCCGGACGCACGCUUUUGGCCGUUUCUGAAGGCGAUUCAUCUUUUUCGCCGCAGCACACCCGCUCUUCGCGGUCCAGCCAGCGAGUCGGAGGUGGGGAGAACGCCGCAGGGUUAUCAACCUCGAAGAACGCAUUCACGCACACAAGCGGGCGAGAUGAAAAACGCUUCUGCCGCCGCUUCCGCUGCCGCCGACGUCGACACGACACAGCUACUGGAUUUGGGCACGAUGACGGUCAGGGUCUACGACUACAGCUGUCCCUCGCGAGGACAAAAGUCUGCCCGAGUGAAGCUCCAUCCGCUAUUCGGAGGAGUGCCUCUGACGGGAGCUUGCGCUGCUUCACCCAACCCGCCGUCGUCACAACAACUGCCGGGGACGGCAUCGUAGCGGGACUAGCAAAACAAUCUCUAGGUUGUUCAUGUCUAAACAGUGUUGCCGGUGCGAGUGAUGUCGCAUUGUGGAAAAAGGACAACUUCGCAAGAGAGGUGACAGAGCGACAGCAACGGCUACAUCGCAAGCGGGAGGAGAAGAAUGCCGAAGAGGAAAAACAGCGCCGGCGAGAAACAGAGCACGCAAAGGCGGUGGCAGGCAGGCUGGCGCAUCGCGGCAUGGAGGAGAAGCAGGAACGCGAACACAACCAGACCACAGCGCUUCUGGAAGGUCUUCGAGAAGAAGUCGCUUCGCUGACGGCGACGGCCUACGAGGGACUGGUGGCGGUUUCAAUCGACGCCCUGGAGAGAGAGUUCAACGACAGCGAUGCGGAUGACCAUCAAGGCAUGGCCGACCAAAGCGUCGGCAACACCACCACUACAGAUGCGCAGGACAAGAAAGGCGUAGAUCGUGCCGUGACUUCGCUGAAAACGGACAUCGCCCUAUUGAGCCGACUACGAGCGGAGAGAACCAAGUGCCUGGAAGAGUGCCUUGGCGAGAUCCACGCCAUCAAGGAUGCUACAGCAGCUUUUGACGGACCUCCAACACCCACCGUCGCCGCCGCUACCACCGCAUACAUCAAGCGCGCAGCGGCCUCUAGGACCCCCGCAAAAACUCGAGCCGGUGGAGCAGGCGCCGGAAACGACGGCGAUCCAAAAACUAGCCCCAGCGUUAAUGGUCCUGGCGAACACGGUGGCACUGGCGUGGCGAACGCCGAGCAACGCGCCUCGUUCCUUGCCGCCGGGCAGCUGGGAAGAGAGGGAGGGACCAUUCACCACUCCGAGCGAGAUUCUUCUGAACAUGUGUUUCGUGGGGGCGGAGGUGAUGACCGUCUCUCGUUCCACGCGGCAUCUCCAUCGCUUUCGGCAACGACAAAGAGCUCCGGCAUCAACGGUAGUGGAUCUCGAGGGCGCAGACAGGCGGCGGCGGCGGCGGCAGAUGCGCGGGCGGGCGACGUGUGGGAGAGCGUCCGCAACAAGGACGACGCGAUCCUGGAGAAUUUCCUUACUCGGCACACCCGGGAAACAUUCGAGCUGCUAGGGGGUAAGGCGAGGCUAGCUCAUGCUCGCGCAAGUGGAGUCUGCGAGAAUGAGGAGGGGCCGGGGGGGGCGCGGUUCGACGCGGAUUCCGGGUGGGGUUCCAGCUUGCUGUGGGCCCUUUUUCGACAUUUUUCGGACUUUUCUCUCCCGUCUCCGACCAGCCCCCAGCGGUGGUCGAAACCCGUCACGGCGGGUUCAGUCUCGAGGGAAACGGCGACAACGAACGAUUUUUCCGACGUUCGCGGAAGCCCCCGAGAGCCGACAGCCUCCUCGAUCGAACCCCCGGUAGGAUGCGACGGAGUUCCCGAGAGAAGAAUGAGUCUCAUGGCAUUCUUGUUGGUUUGCCGAAGCGCCGGACUGAUUUGGCCGGCUGGUGGCGGCGGCGGGAUGGUUGGAGGCGGCCGAGCCAGCCGGAGGGGAGGCGAGAGUCCCGGGCGCGGCCGUCGCCAGGGCGGAGGGGGCCGUCGACUCGAUCCUUCCGAGGCGGCUCGCAUUUUCACUCGCACCAUGAUAAUCUACGGCAGCAUGGGCUCAGGAGCGCACCACCACACUGCUACCUGCAACGACCAUGAGCGGGACAGCACAGCACAGCAUUGUGACCACCGCAGAGCGAAGUCUCCCCGCGACGGUCGGAGAAAGGCAGCCCACGGAAAAGAUCAACAAAGUCCCGGUGACUUCAAAGCUUCUCCUGCUCGACGCCACCUUCAACGAACCAAACACAUCAAACGAAUACGCCCUUUCGACGAACAGCGGGCGAGUGAAUCGGGUCGGAGUCGGCGAAAUAGCCGACGCCUCCCACCAGAAGGGCUGAACUUCAGACAGUUUGAAACCGCCCUCGAAGGCGUUCUCGAGGUGUUGGCAGUCGAUUCCGGACAACCCUGCUUUGGUUGUGGCGGUGGUGGCGGGGAAGAUGAUAGCGAAAAUAAUAUCGUUGGUUUCGGGGGUACCAGUGAGGGUGGGGAGGGCGAUAUCGGCAGUGUGGUUGGUGGUGGAAAGACAAUACGACAACGAACGGUGAGGAUGGCGCCGAGGCUCGCGAUGGCCAGUGUUGUUCAACUGGCAAAGGAGCUGGCCACGAAAGACCUGCUCGCUAGAGAUUGCCAUGCGAGAGAGACUUUAGCUCUGCUAGAUCCUUCUCUCCAGUGUAUCUUGGACGUCAACGAACAGGUAGGAAAUGCCGAGACGCAGAGAUCAUGA